AUGUUAUUAACACGUGGGAGGCAAGCAAGGUCACCUCCCCACUCCCAUGGAAGGGAACAGGGAGCAAAGCAGAAAGGGCCGAGCGGCUACAAGAGAGAUAGGCAAGAGAGAGAACAGAGGAAGUUAGAGAUGGCUGCUUGCAUUGGUGCAAUCGAUGGAACGCAUAUUGAUGCAGUGAUUCCAGUCGAUCAACAACUUGCAUAUCGUGGACGUAAAGGAGAUUGCACACAAAAUGUGAUAGCUGCUUGCUCAUUUGAUAUGAAAUUCACAUUUGUUUGGGCUGGAUGGGAGGGAUCGGCUCAUGAUUCUCGUAUACUUAACGAAGCUCUUGGUAGGCCAAAUUUGAAUUUUCCCAAGCCUCCAAGUGGUAAAUAUUAUGUUGUUGAUGCUGGGUAUGCUAACAUGCCAGGAUAUUUAGCACCAUAUAAAGGAGCUCGGUGGGCAAUUUUAAAACAUAUGGCUCCUUUUCCAUUCCCAACACAAAGGUUAAUUGUGAUUGCAUCAAUGGCAUUACACAAUUAUAUACGACAAGAAGCAAUAGCGGAUGCCGAAUUUCGACGAUAUGAUGAUGAUGAAGGUUAUGCCAGUGACAACGAUGAUAUGUACACGCGUGUUACUUUAUCGGAAUCUAGUGGAACGGUGGACCAACAACAAGAGAUGAGCAUUAUACGUGAUGGGAUUGCUAAUUCAAUAUGGCAAUCAACUAGAUAA